AUGGUUAAACAAGUACCAUCAGAUCGACGAAUUGAUUGCUUGCCAAAGCCAGGAGCUGAUAAAGCUACAUGCUUAUUUCAUAAAUGCAUUUGGGAUGAUGGACAUUAUUCCGAUACAACUGUUCCAGCUUGCUACUUACCACCUGAUACAGGAUACAUAAUCGUCCAAAAAUCUAACGUAUCGUUAAAAUUGCAAAAAUCAAGAGAUGGAGCAUUAAACCCUUACGAUACUGACAUAACGGAAAUUGGAGUACAAAUUACGAAUUCUCACUCACUGUUAAAUGUACGAAUUGGUGUUGAAGGAAGAUACGAGCCAAUGGUGCCUUUACCAAGAGCCUGCAGGACAUCCGAACAGCAUUUUGUAACUGAAAUUCCUAAUGUAUCUGAGCUUUUUAUACUUCGAAUUCGUCGUAUGACUACAGGACAAUUGAUUUGGGAUACCUCAAUUGGUGGCUUACUUUUCGCUGACCAAUAUAUUCAAAUUGCAACGUUUUUACCAACUGAUAAAAUUUAUGGGUUCGGUGAGCAUGUUCAUCAAAAUUUGAAGCAUAAAUUUACGAAAUAUGCAACGUGGCCAAUGUUUGCAAGAGACCAGCCACCUGAUCCGGAGAACCCAUAUCGCAAUUUGUACGGAGUGCAUCCAUUUUAUCUUGGUUUGGAGAAGGACAAUAAUGCACAUGGUGUACUUAUUUGGAAUAGUAAUCCACAGGAAAUAACAACAGGACCUGGCCCUCAUCUAAUAUAUCGUACUAUUGGUGGAAUACUUGAUGUGACAUUUUUCCCAGGACCGAAACCAGAGCAAGUUAUACAGCAAUAUCUUGAAUAUAUUGGCCGACCAUUUCUUCCACCUUAUUUCGCACUUGGAUUUCAGUUUUGUCGGUAUGGUUUCAAAAGUUUGGUUGAAAUGAAGGAGACAAUUGAAAGAAUUCAAAAUGCCAGCAUACCAAUUGAUGUUGCAUAUGCAGACAUCGAUUACAUGGAACGAUACAAAGAUUUUACCAUCGGAAAAGAACAUUGGUCAGAUUUUAAAAGGUACGCUGAUGAAUUACAUAAAAAUGGUAUGCAUUUGGUGCUCAUUUUCGAUCCUGCAGUGCAAGUUAAUUAUUCCAGCUUUCAUAGAGCAAUUGAAAAAAAUGUCAGCUUUAUAGAAUGGGAAAAUUAUGAUCAAGUACAGCAUGAGAUCCAAAACAAAUAUCCGUUAACAAAAGGGACGAAGAUAAUGCUUUCGGUCGUUUGGCCAGAUUGGCAUGUUGCUUUUCCCGAUUUUCUCGAUCCAGAACCGUUGACAACAGAAUGGUGGAUUGAAGAAUUCAAGCUUUUCCAUCAAAUGCUUCCGUUUGACGGUAUCUGGAUCGACAUGAAUGAGCCUGCUGCUUUUGGCACCAACGAAUAUCAUCCAUUUUAUUUCGACGACCCGGAAAGACCAGCAAGGAUAAUGCCGCUUAAAUGUCCUCUUAGUGGUACGGCAUCAAAAUAUGACAACCCGUCUUACGAAACCUGGAACUCUUACGCUUACAAUUUUGCUGAAGCUCAUUUAUCAAACAAAACUGUGUGUAUGUCUGGGAUGACAAACAGAGGGACUCAGAGAAUUUAUAAUACGAAAAAUCUGUAUGGAUUAGCAGAAACGAUAGCAACUCAGAAGGCGCAGCAUGCUGCAACAGGAAAACGAGGCGUAGUUAUAUCCAGGUCUACAUUUGUUUCGUCGGGCCAUUAUGGUGGCCAUUGGCUCGGCGACAACAGUGCUCGUUGGAUAGACUUGAGAGUUUCGAUUAUUGGUAUUCAAGAAUUUAAUUUAUUUGGUAUACCAUACAUCGGGGCAGAUAUUUGCGGUUUCAAUGGUGAAACAAGCGAGGAAUUGUGUUUGCGCUGGCAACAACUCGGGGCAUUUUAUCCUUUUUCAAGAAAUCACAAUGAAAAAGGCAAAACAAGUCAAGAUCCAUCUCGAUGGCCAGAUGUCGCAAAGGCCACUAAAGAAGCUAACCUUUUCCGAUAUUACUACCUUCCAUAUCUCUACAGCUUACUGUUCGAUGUUUCAUUGCAUGGAGGCACCGUCGUCCGACCAGUUUUUUUUGAAUUUACUUCUGAUCCAGAAACCCAUGAUCUCGGGGAACAAUUUAUGUGGGGAAGUGCAAUAAUGAUUUUGCCUGUAUACCAAGAAGGUGCUACAUCUGUAUCUGGUUAUUUGCCCUCGACAAUAUGGUAUUCUCUUCGAGAAUUUGACUAUGGUGCGCUGGUAAAACCAGGCCAUAGUAAAUUCAGAGCACCGAAGGAUGAACUCAUCCCUGUUUUUGUUAAAGGGGGUGUUGUGAUACCACGACAGCAACCAAAUAUGACGACCACUCUUUCAAGAAAUAAUCCUUUCGAAUUGCUCAUUACAGUUGGUCCGAGUAAAUCAACUGGUAUGCUGUAUUGGGACGAUGGUGAAAGUAUUGUGGAAGAUUUCACGGUUUACAAUUAUUUCCAUUGGUUAUUCGAAUUUGUACUCAUUGCUGACAGGGCUACUUUAUAUAUCACUCCAAACCAUACUGCUAUAGGAUUGGUAGUGCCUAAAUUAGAUGUUUUGGAUAUCAUCGGUUAUCGUUAUAAUCCCAAACUGAGUGAGGUAUGGCUCAACGACAUGCCAAUCGAAAUAGACAUUCAAAAGUCGCAUUACGAUAGGUCGAAGAAUCGUUUACUGAUUGUGAAGAAGAACUUGGUGAAUAUCGCUAAUGGAAAAAAGCAAACAUUAUCUUGGUCUCAUCAAAAGGCAUUUUGUGACAAUGUUCAUUGCUGA